AUGGGCGACGAUAAAAAUACGCCUGGAUCUUACGAAGACUUCCUCCACAAAGUCUACACCGCCACCAGCCCAGCCGAAUCCCAAAAGCUCUACGACGAAUGGGCCUCCCAAUACGACGCCCACCUCUCUGGCUCAGGCUACACCAGCCCACGCAUCACCGUCGACGCCGUAGUCAAUCACCUUGACCGCUCGCCUCUAACCACCCAACGCCUGGCCGGUAAACUCACCAUCCUCGACGCAGGCUGCGGCACGGGUCAGGUCGGCGUCUGCUUCCAGGAAGCCGCCAAAUCAGGGAAGUUGGACGGUCUUGACCUACAAAUCGACGGCAACGACCUCAGCCCCGGCAUGCUCAAAGUCGCACGCGCGAGCGGGGCCUACCGAGAAUUGAAUGAGGCAGACCUCAGCAAACCCCUAACCACCAUUCCCGACGAAACAUACGACAUCAUAACCUGCGUCGGCACCCUCACCAAAGGCCACGUCGGCCCGCAGAUCCUCAAAUCAUUCAUCCGCAUCGCCAAACGCGGCUGGGGACUCAUCGGAGUCACGGUCGUCGAGGAGAUCUGGGAGAGUGGUGGUUACGCGAGCUUGAUCGUGGAAGAGGAGAAGUACGGGCGGGUGGAAAUUAUGCGGAAUGAACGGUUUGCGGUGUGGAGCGGGGACGAGGAGAAGCAGAGUGGACGGGUGGUGGUAUUGAGGAGGAAGUACUUGGCGCAGGAGAUUGCUCAUGCUGGGAUUGGAGCAUAG